AUGAAAGCACUGCUUGUUGCUCUUUUCUUGACUCUAACGUUAGCCAGUACCGAUUGCGAGGACAAAAUCGAGUUCUCUCCUUCAUCAGACACUUACGAAUUCACCCUUGCUAACCUUCCUUAUCCUCAGGAUUUCUUACUCUCCCCUCCUAAGCGAACAAAAACAUCUUGCUCGCAAGGAGGAUUUUUUUUUUAAAAAAAAUUCUAAAAAUUUAUGAAAAAUUAUUUUUCAAAUUUAAAAAAUCCUACUUCACAAAAAAUGGAAAGCAAAUAUUAAUUUAAUCUAUAAAAUAUAUAUUUCAAAACGCAAUUUGUUUAAAAUUAGAGAGAAUUAACUCGAGAUUUCAUUAUACUAAUUAUCACUUAUAUAUCAAAAAUUUUUAUUUGCUUGUUUAGGGUAGGUUUUUAGGCAAAAAUAGGGAUUUUUCUAAUGGUUUUCUAUGGUGGAGGGUUAGAGCCCAUCCUAACGUCACAAAUCCUUUAUGCCCAUCACGACCAUCACCACCAAACCUACUACGACAAGCUAAAUUCCUAUAUUGCCGAAGAAGCCGACCUUCAAGACGACACACUUUUAGAGUUAGUCAAAGGUGCAACUAAUGACGAGAGCUUACAGAAAUAUGCUGGAGGAGCAUACAAUCACAACUUUUAUUGGUGGGUGUUGACUAAUCCUACUUGCGCUCAAGGUCAGCCUAGUGGAAGUCUAUAUGAGGCAAUCGUAAAUACUUGGGGCAGUUUUUCAGAUUUCCAAACUGCCUUUGAUGACUCUAGCACUAGCUUGUUUGGAAGUGGAUGGACUUGGCUGUGUGUAAAUGAAAGCUUUGGGCUUGAAAUAAGAAAUACAGCUAAUCAGAUCAACCCAAUGAUGCAGGUAGACGGAAGCAUGUGCUAUCCAAUCUUAGCUAACGACAUUUGGGAGCAUGCUUACUAUUUGAAGUACAUGUGGGAUCGUGCAAGCUAUAUUGAUGCCUUUUGGAAGAUUAUAGAUUGGGAUAUUGUAGAAAAUUUCUACGAGAAUUAUGCAAGCCAAUUGAAAGGUGUUCCACUUUAA